AUGAAUGAGGUGCAAACUCAUUCCACGGAUGCCUCAGUAAGAAGAGACAGGAGGACGCGAUGGACGGAGGAAGAUAAUAUCCUGAUUUUGCGCGUCCAUUUCAUUGCGAAAGACCUGCAACAAAGAGAAGGAAGGAACUAUCGAGAGGUGCUUACACAAAUUUGGAAUGAAAUCAACCCACACAGACAAUCAUAUACGAACCUCCUGUCAAAUAGAGUAAGAUGGCUUCUAGAAAACAACAAGUUUUCCAACCCCGAAUUGGAUACUAUAAAAGAAAGCUUCAUACCAAGGGGAGCUACAGACAAUGAACAAGAUGAGCUUGAGGAUGAUGAAGAGGAGAGAAACGGGUACCAGAUUAGUAUGAGAACGACGAAACUAGAACGCAACCUCCUCAAAAAUAUUUACAAAUAUUAUGGCCUUUCACCGAAAAAUAGACCAAAAAUCCCGAGGAUGAAAGGAUCGAAGAAGCUACUAGAAUGUGUACAGAGAGUGGACCUGUUGUUGGAAACUCAUAUCACACCAAACACAACCCUACAAACGAUGGUAGAUUACGUUUAUGCAGGGGCAAUAACGAUAUGUGAAGAGCUCGGAAUGAAAAUAGGUGAAUUCCCCAUGGCUGCAAAUCCGAUCGUUUCUACGCCACCGUGGAAAACCAGACUGGAAAGAAAAAUAAAGGUUAUGCGAAAGAAAAUUGGGACACUACAUACUUACCUCAAUAACGGAGUACGAACUAAAAGGGUUAUAAAAGGCAUCAACCAGAUCAUCAAGGAUUUUAAGAUAAACCCAAAAUCUUCAACUGAGUCCCUCCAAUUAUCACUUUUGGCUGUAGAUGACAGGCUGAAACAAAAAGUUAAAUCACUUGGCAAUCGUAUCAAACGAUAUAAUGAUAGAGUGAAAAGAUUUAAGAACAAUCAGCUAUACUACAAAAACCAAAAGGAAUUCUUUCGAUCUCUUGAGCCAGUUGAAAAUUUAGAGGGAGAAUAUCCAACCGAAAAAAACAUGUAUGAUACAUGGAAGAGAAUAUGGGAGCAGGAAGAACAGCACGAUGAUGAUGCGUACUGGAUAAAGAACGCUGAGAAUGAAAUACACCGAUAUACAAUGGAUGAGGUAGCAAUAACUGUUGAGGAUGUCUGGGAAGUUAUGAAGAAGUCAAACAACUGGUCAGCACCGGGAUCAGACAAAAUACAUAACUAUUGGUGGAAAAACUUCAAAUCGACGCAUCAACAGCUGGCAGUGUUGUUUCACAAGGCGCUUGAUGACCCAACAACCGUACCGAACGCCUUUACCGCGGGAGUGACUCACAUGAUACCCAAAGGUAACAACAUAAAUGACCCAAAGAAAUACCGCCCGAUCACAUGCUUACCAACAGUUUACAAAUUUCUAACUGGAGUACUAACUAAACAUAUAUGGAGACAUGUGAAUAAACAUCAAAUAUUGUCGCGUGAACAAAACGGAUGCAGAAAAAACGCCCAAGGAUGCAAAGAACUCCUCACCAUCGACUGCCUAAUAACGAAACAAGCGAAGAAGAAAAUGAGAAAUAUAUCAAUUGCUUGGAUAGACUAUAAGAAAGCAUUUGACUCGGUACCGCACUCUUGGCUGCUAAAAAUCCUUAAACUCUAUGGCGUAUCACAAAAUAUUAUAAACCUUCUGGAAUAUCUAAUGAAAACAUGGAGGACACAUCUGAGUUUUGGCAAUAAACAGGAAAAUAUUAAAACAGCUGAGAUAAAAAUCAAGCGUGGCAUUUUUCAGGGCGAUAAACUCAGUGCACUCUGGUUCUGCCUGGCACUCAACUUCCUGAGCAAACUACUUAAUGAAGGCAAUUAUGGAUAUGCCAUAGAUAAAAUAAAAAACAUCCGAAUUACCCAUCAAUUAUAUGUGGAUGAUUUAAAACUGUAUGCCACAAAUGAAGAACAGCUAAUGAGAUUACUGAGAAUAGUAGCUUCAUUCUCGCAGACAAUAAGAAUGGAAAUGGGCUUGGACAAAUGUGCCGUAAUACACGUAAAGAGGGGAAGACUAGUGGAUGGGGAAGAAAUGCUCGUACAGGAUGGAAUAGCGAUCCAGAGACUCGCACCAGAAGAAACCUACAAAUACCUUGGAGUUCAGCAAGCUCUAGAAAUAAGAACAUCAGAUGCGAAAGCUUCAUUUCAACAAAAAUUCUUCGAUAGAGUUAAAAAAAUUCUUAAAAGCAAGCUGAACUCUAAAGCUAUGUUCACGGCAAUAAAUAUAUGGGCGGUACCUAGUCUAACCUACUCCUUCGGAGUUAUAAAAUGGUCUAAUACAGAACUAAAAGCGAUCGAUACUAAAGUAAGAGUGCUCAUGAGCAAGUAUGGUAUCCACCAUCCCCACGCAUCUGUCAAUAGACUGUACAUGCCUAGACACUCUGGUGGCAGAGGCCUACAGAAUAUCGAAAUCACUCAUCAAAAGGCGGUGAACGAACUCAGAAAAUACUUUCAUUCAAGAAACUCACCGUUCUUCAAGACGAUAUGCAGAGAAGACCAUAACAUCACGGCCCUGAAUCUAAGAAGUACGACGGACCCACCUCGGAUGUUGACGCUUGAAACAAUGUCUGAAGAAUGGCAUAGCAAACCUCUACAUGGAAGAUACCCAGCAGCGCUGAAAGAGAAAAGAGUCAACCAACAACAUUCACUUACUUACCUCACUUCGGGCUACCUGUUUCCAGAAACAGAAGGACGCAUUACUGCAAUACAAGAUCAAGUCAUACCAACAAGAGCAUAUUUAAAACACAUAACUGGAAAAAAUAUACUUACCGAUAGAUGCCGUAAAUGCUGUCAAGCUCUUGAAACAAUCCAGCAUAUCACGUCGUCUUGCUCCAUUCUAGCACCAAAAGAAUAUACGAACCGCCAUAACGCAAUGGCGAAGGUGUAUCAUCAAGCCAUUGCUAUCAAAACAGGUCUCAUAAACUCCACAAAGAAAAUACACGAGUACGUACCUGCAACUGUACUGGACAACCAAGGCUUCAAACUUUACUGGGACAACUCAGUUGAAACGGAUAGAAUGAUAACACAUAACAGACCUGACAUCAUACUGUUUGACAAAGAAAAACGAAAAGUUACAAUAAUAGAUGUAACAGUACCAGCUGACGACAACAUUAGUAGAGCGUAUUCCGAAAAACUGAACAAAUAUCACGAUCUUGCAUUUGAAAUGAAAGAAAUGUAUCAGUUGAAGACGAUCUCAAUUCUCCCCUUGAUAAUUACUACCAACGGACUUGUUGAAAGCCACUUAGUCGAUAAUACCCAAUCUUUAGAACUUGAUUUGAACCUCAUUAGCAUAGCACAGAAGGAAGUGAUCCUGUGGACAGCUAGGAUUGUGAGAAUGUUCCUGACAACGACCUAA